AUGUCGUCAAAGUGGAAGGCGGAGUCUUGGUUCUUCUAUGCGUCCGGUGGUCCGACACGUGCCGCACUGUCAGCCGUCGUGCUGCUUCUUGCUGAGAGCACGCGAUGUGGAAGUAUUACCGCGGGGAGGAAGCGGCGAGCGUCCGCCGGGGAGCUUCUCAUGUCGAUGGGCUGGGAGAGUCGGUGGGAGGAACGAUGCGCGAGGACGAAAUUCCCUCGUCGUCUUUGCGCGUCCGCUGAACGUUCUCGCCGUGGAGCAACGCUGGCAUGUCCUCUGGCUGAGAUCCCGCGAGUGGAGAGACGUGCCCGGGCUUCGUGCAGUCGCACCGCGGAGGUCGACGCGCGAGAGUCGGUGGUAGGGACGGGCACUGUGCAGAAGCAGGAGAACGCGGAGACACUCACCGAACGCGAGUGGCAGCUGUGCGCCAGCCGUGCACGCAGUCGAUCACGGGCGACGUCCAAGCUGGACGGUGGAUGGCAGUCGAGAGCGCCGGGAUGUCAUCGGAGGCUGGUGGAGCGCACGCCAAGGAUGCUGCGGGGAGAGUCAGUCCGCGGAGGCGGGAGACGUCAGAGGACGAGUCGAGUCAGAGUGACGACAUCCGACUUGGGCGGAGGGAUGGAGACGAGGGACGCCAUCGAGCACAGUGGGUGCAUGCGCGGGAAGCUCGGCCAGGGGCUCUGA